ACAUCCACCACUCGCGUACCGGUAAACUUAACACCACAAGCAACACACGCGCAACUCUAAAUCUCAUCGGCACGAUGACGGGGCUAAUUGCCAGUGUUAUAGUGGUACUCAUCAGCCUGGGAAGAUGUUGGAGCAGUAAUCACACGAUUCACCACCUGCUACCAGCAACUGUGGAUCUCAGCUCGUUAGAGCGAAUCACCAGGGGGACAGUCAAUGAUGUAGUGUCCAGGAACAUAACAAUGGUCCUGGAAAAUCUAUUGAUGAACUACGAGAACAGUCAGCUCCCAACUCACGGAAAAGGGAUUCCAACGGUCGUGAAAACGAAUAUUCUGAUACGAAGCAUGGGACCAGUUUCCGAGUUGGAUAUGGACUACUCGAUGGACUGCUACUUCCGUCAGUACUGGAGGGACUCACGUUUGAGCUUCUUGGGACCGAUAAAGUCCUUGAGCUUGAGCAUCAAGAUGUUGGAGAGGAUAUGGCGUCCCGACACGUAUUUCUACAAUGGCAAGCACAGCUACGUACACACAAUAACAGUGCCGAAUAAGCUAUUGCGAAUAUCCCAGGACGGUGACAUCCUCUACUCCAUGAGAUUGACGAUAAAGGCCAAGUGUCCGAUGGAGCUGAGGAAUUUCCCGAUGGAUCGACAGUCCUGUCCUUUGAUACUUGGCAGUUACGCCUACACCACGAGACAGCUGGUUUAUGAAUGGCAGGAGGGACCCUCUGUGGAUUUCGUGCCUGGUAUGGCACUGUCGCAGUUUGAUCUAAUGGGUUCCCCCUACAGAAAUCUCACGUUUGUCAGACGUGAGGGGGAAUUCUCAGUGCUCCAGGUCUCCUUCAAUUUGCAACGCAAUACCGGAUAUUUUCUCAUUCAAGUGUACGUACCCUGUGUUCUAAUUGUCGUACUCAGCUGGGUUUCAUUCUGGAUUCACCGGGAGGCGACCAGCGAUCGAGUUGGUCUCGGAAUUACAACCGUUCUGACCCUUUCAACGAUAAGUCUAGACUCGCGAACAGAUCUGCCAAAAGUGCGUUACGCAACAGCUCUGGAUUGGUUUUUACUGAUGAGUUUUUUUUAUUGCAUCGCAACACUC